AAAUUAUCACAUCAUAGCGGUACACAAUCCGCCACGUCGACACUACACGCUACACCGGAAAACAGGAGAUCGUAACCCCAAGUGUUAAUUCCCAAUAAUAACCUUUCCUCAAUAUUCGCAUCUUAUUAAUACAUCCUCUUCCGACAAGAAAAACACAAACAACAAAAGGUCAAAAAAACCCGAUGGCUCGUCUCCUCCCUUUACUCCUCCUCAUCGCCACCGUCUCCGCCGUCGCAUUCGCCGACGACGAACCGGACUGCGUCUACACGUUCUACCUCCGAACCGGGUCAAUCUGGAAAGCCGGAACCGACUCGAUCAUCAGCGCUAGAAUCUACGACAAGUACGGUGACUACAUCGGGAUCAAGAACCUAGAGGCUUGGGGUGGACUAAUGGGCCCUGACUACAACUACUUCGAGAGAAGCAACCUCGACAUUUUCAGUGGAAGAGCGCCGUGUUUGCCUAGUCCGAUCUGCUCUCUCAACCUAACCUCCGAUGGCUCCGGCGAUCACCAUGGAUGGUACGUUAACUACGUGGAGGUUUCGACGGCUGGAGUUCACGCUCAGUGCUCCACGCAGAAUUUCGAGAUCGAGCAGUGGUUAGCCACCGAUACGUCUCCUUAUGAGCUCACUGCCGUGAGGAACAAUUGUCCCGUGUCGCUUAGGGAUGGGGUUAGUCGGGUCGGGUCGGAGAUCCGGAAACAGCUUUCUUGGGUCAUCUGAGUGAGAUGAGAGUGUGUGAUUCAUAAGGUCUUUCGUUUUGUGUAUGUUUAUCAUCGUCUUAUGAGUGUAAUGUGGCCUUUGAUUAUAUGAUUCGAUAAAUAAAACUUUUUAGUUACUUAA